GGUCUUGUCCUGCCUGUCAUUGCUUUACCUGGGCUGCUCUUGCCUUUCUUGUUGUUGCUCUUUGUGCUCGGGUCCCAUUCUUUCCUUCUUUCCUUUCUUCUCUCGUCUUCCAUCCAAUCCAAUCUGAUAACUUACAACCUCCCACCAACACUCACCCACUAUGAUCUUCUAAGCUUUACACUGUCGCUCUCAACAAUAACAACUCUUGAUCUUUUCCUCUCAAUAAAUGAGAGCGCAAAUACUCACAUUUUAAUUCCUUUCUUUCUGUACUCUGGCGCGCUAUAAACAUCAAUCGGCAACUGUUAUAAUAACCCACUGCGCUUGUGUCGCACAAUCGCAUUACAUUCCACCACUCCCGAGACAUAAAGCAACAACCCGACUUGUCCGUCCUCUUUUUGCGGAGGGGCAUAAUAAUUAGAACAAGAUGCCUACAAUCAACGCUCUUCGAUCAUUCGAACCUCCUCCUAUUCCAUCUCUUCCCGAUUUUGAGCGUCGUCGUUCCACAACGUCGACGCUCUCCAACAACAACAACUCCGAUUCUGUCACCUCAUCUCUGCGGGGUCUUCAAUCACCACCCAAAAGUAGCAGAUCAAACCGCCCCAAGAGUGCUAAAUUCUCAUCAUACCGCCUGCGCAGCAAUUCAGGCCUUUCACUUCACACCAAUGAGGACAUUCUGAGACAAUAUACCGACUACCACCCUGAUGGCACACCGCGUGCCGGCAUGUAUAGCAACGGGCUGGGGCAGUGGUCAGGUGAGAGAUUGAGGAGCAUUGACUCUGUUACAUCGUCCAGAAGUCAAAGAUCUAGUAUCGCUUUCACUGAGUCGGAUGGUUCCGGCGAGUUGCCUAUUCCUGAUCUCGUUGGACGUGAGAUGUUUGAUAUGGUCAUGGCCGAUCAUGCUGCUAGUGGUCAAUUAUGGAGAUUCGCCGCCAGUCGAGGACUUGGUCAGAAUGUUGACUACCUCAUGAAGAUUCGCGACUAUAUUCAAUCCCUGGAGCAGGUUGUCAUUCAACUCUCGACAAUAUCAACUUCGUAUACAUCCAUCACCGCAACAUCACCAAUUAAUCUGCCCUCCCCUAUGUCCAAGGCUCUCAACACCAACAUCAAGCAUCUCACAACAUCACUUAUUCCCAGCCUGGAAAACAUGUUUCUCGAAUCUAAAACCUAUAUCGAACAACGCAUCGUCAGAGAAAUCUUCCCCGAUUUUGUCAAACAGCAACUAUCUCAGUGUACUAGUCUGGCUCUCUCCCUCGACGCAGAAGGUGACUCACCACCAAACCCUUACCCGGGCCUUAAGGGAUCAUUCUGUCUAAGUGAUCCGUCGCGAUCCGGAAACCCUAUUGUCUUUGCUUCCGAUGAGUUUGAGGAACUGACAGGAUAUUCACGAAGUGAGGUUUUGGCACACAAUUGCCGCUUCCUUCAGGGGCCACAAACUGACCGAGACGGAAUUGCCAAGAUGCGCUCCGCAAUCUGGCGCAACGAGGAGUGUACGGAAUUGCUCCUCAACUUUCGGAAAGAUGGAACGCCGUUCUGGAACCUUCUUUUCCUGUGCCCUCUUCUCGACACCGCUGGUAAAACAAAGUUCUUUAUGGGCGCCCAAAUCGACGUGUCGUCCUCGCUGCACGACACUCAUGAUGUUCUGAAAGUUUUGUCGUACGGUGCUGCAGAGGAAGACAAGACACCCGAACGGAGCAACUCUCGCUGGGCUAGCGACGGAUCUCAAGGCGAGCCUGAGGCGGAGGAAGCCCUGAGUGUCAAGAACAACCAAUACAAGACAACAAAGAUGUCUGGAUUCUUCAAAGCAUUCAAAAAGCCGCCUCCUCCUCCUCUGUCGCCACCAUUGAGCCCACGCCGUAGCUCGGAUAGACCCCGGUCAUCAGCUGGACCCACGAUACUUGACAAGACCUACAGCACACGAAACGUUAUCAGGAGAUUUUCUAAUCAGCCAGAAAUGCUCAUGACAACAUACGCCCGAUAUAUGAUUCUUGAGCACGUUCCUUCAUACCCAGCAUCUUUGGGCGCAAUGCCUCUCGAUCAGGAGAUGAAGUAUCCACCCAAGUUGUGUGUGUCUUUCUACUCUAAAGAGAUGCUCGAUGCUCUUGAUCUGGGCAUGUCGGCGGAGGCUAUCAUUGGCAAAGAUAUAUUUGACAUUUUCACUGAGCAAUCUACACUGCCAUCAGUUACCAAGGCAUUCAAGUCGACAGUCCGAGAUCUGGUUGUCCGCGAUGGAAAAUCCGUGUCAUUGGAUCUUGCACUUGCAAACCACAUCCCUCGCCGUGCCAAUAUGACAAGAACGUUGAGUGGUGACAGCGGGGAAACAUCACCGAAGAAGCCAGCCAAGAUGAUGAGCCACUGGACACCUCUCAAAGAUACUGAAGGAUAUGUCAAGUACGUGGCAAUGAUUGUGUCGCCAAUUUAAAUACGUGAUGAAUGGAAAGACGAAAUGAUGGUAUAAUAUGCGGGCGUUGGAUGAAGAUUUGCUUUUUGUAUUGUAUCAGGGGAUGUUUGAAGCUUAUUUAUACCUGUAUGUACUCUUAACGACCAAGAGAAUGAAGUUACGACUAUAAUUACUACAAUGAAUUGUUU